ACCGGCCCAUUUUCACUAGUUCAAUUUUGUCUUCGUCGUCGUCGUCUUCCUCACUUCUCAUUCCUCCGAUACCGAGAUCUCUUCAGAAAAUAAAACCUCAAAUUAAUCUCAAAUCUCCUGUAAAAAUCAGCUCGUCUAUACGAUCUGUGCUUGAGAAUUGCGUAGAUCGAAGAUGCCGGUGGCAGCUUCCGCCAUCUACUUUCUGAACCUCCGCGGCGAUGUUCUCAUCAAUCGCACUUACCGAGACGAUGUCGGGGGAAACAUGGUGGAUGCAUUUCGAACGCAUAUAAUGCAGACGAAGGAGCUAGGCAACUGUCCUGUGCGUCAGAUUGGUGGCUGCUCCUUCGUCUAUAUGCGUAUCAGCAAUGUCUACAUCGUCAUUGUUGUCAGCAGCAAUGCUAAUGUUGCUUGUGCUUUCAAGUUCGUUGUUGAGGCUGUUGCUUUGUUCAAAUCUUACUUUGGUGGAGCUUUUGAUGAAGAUGCUAUUCGAAAUAACUUUGUUCUCAUUUAUGAGUUGUUGGACGAGAUCAUGGACUUUGGCUAUCCCCAGAAUCUCUCCCCUGAAAUUUUAAAGCUUUAUAUUACUCAGGAAGGUGUACGGUCUCCGUUUUCAUCCAAGCCGAAGGACAAGCCUGUUCCAAAUGCAACGUUGCAAGUUACGGGUGCUGUUGGUUGGAGAAGAGAGGGCCUUUCUUACAAAAAGAAUGAGGUAAGUGUUGAGUUUCUGUCUCUGUGUCUGUGUGUAUAUAGUUUGCUAUAUGAUUCAUUCUCACUAAUGCAGGUGUUUCUGGAUAUUGUGGAAAGCGUAAACCUUCUUAUGUCCUCUAAAGGCAAUGUUCUUCGGUGUGAUGUGACGGGAAAAGUUCUAAUGAAAUGUUUCCUUUCGGGAAUGCCUGAUCUGAAGUUGGGGUUGAAUGAUAAAAUUGGUCUUGAGAAGGAAUCGGAAAUGAAAUCUCGUCCAGCUAAGAGUGGCAAAACCAUUGAGCUUGAUGAUGUCACAUUUCACCAGUGUGUGAACCUGACAAGAUUCAACUCCGAGAAGACCGUUAGUUUUGUACCACCGGAUGGUGAAUUUGAACUUAUGAAGUAUCGUAUUACAGAGGGAGUGAAUCUGCCGUUCCGGGUUUUACCAACAAUCAAUGAACUUGGUCGUACACGCAUGGAAGUAAAUGUCAAGGUCAAAAGUGUGUUUGGUGCCAAAAUGUUUGCCCUCGGCGUCGUAGUUAAGAUUCCAGUGCCAAAACAAACAGCAAAAACCAACUUCCAAGUGACAACUGGUCGCGCUAAGUACAAUCCAUCAAUCGAUUGCUUGGUUUGGAAGAUAAGAAAGUUUCCAGGACAAACAGAGUCCACACUAAGUGCAGAAAUUGAGUUGAUCUCAACAAUGGGAGAAAAAAAAUCUUGGACAAGACCACCAAUCCAAAUGGAGUUUCAGGUGCCAAUGUUCACUGCAUCUGGUUUACGAGUUCGGUUCCUCAAGGUGUGGGAGAAGAGCGGUUACAACACGGUUGAGUGGGUUCGAUACAUUACGAAAGCGGGAUCAUAUGAGAUCAGAUGCUGAACCUAAAAAUCACAGUUCAGCUUCAGUGACAUCAGACGUGACGCUCAUGGCUUCUAGCUUUUGUUCCUUGUUAAAUAAGAUAUACGAGUUAAAUAUCUUUUAUACCUCGUUCUGUUUUGUUUUUGUCCAUUAGAGAUAUCUUGUGUUAAUAUUAUUUCUUAUAUCUACAUUUAAUUCGUUUUCUUCUCUUCACUACAACUUACAUUUC